ACUGCAAAAUGGCCUUUGAACGCAUAUUCUACUCAAUUGGAUCCUCUCGUGGCUUCCGCUUCCAUGAAUUACCUCUGAUACUAGUGAUUAGGUGACUCGAACAAAGCAUCUAGCUAUUUGGAGAUUGCCUGGUGAUGGGUUCGCGAUUCCAGGAAAAUAGAUGGGGAGAUAAGAUCCUAUUCCAUGCUCAUUUUUCCCAUGACUCCAUUGUUUUGCUGCAAUAGUGAUGUACAGGAUGACAAGUUUUGCUUCGAAUCAAGGUCCAAAUUCUAGUUUAGAGUCAUUUUUUUAUGGUAUACGCUCUAUGACAAUUCUAGUUUAGGAAUUUGUGGUUUGAAAGGAAAAUGGGUUUUCAAUUUUCAGGGAUUUUUAACGAAGUGAGUUUUGAGGUUUUUUGGUAUUUGGCUUUUGAUUAGGGAAUCGUUGACGUCUCCUUCUAUAGCUAUAGGCUGGUUUGUUCGUUCUCCUGUGAAGUUCAUGAAUUCUGAUGGAUUUGGGUGCCAGUGGAGAAGAAGGCCACAACUGGUUACUCUUAUUUGAUUGUUGAAGGUAUUAGUGGGAGUUAAGCAAUAGCAGAUUCUGGGGAAUGUCAGGAAACAAAGACAAUAAACUGCUUCAGCGAUUAUAUUAACAAAAUUUGUUCAAUUCUGAUGCAUCAUACAUGAUGAGCUAAAGGAAGUGUGUUAUGGAUGUUAGUCACAGCAUGAGCCAUUAACUCAGCUAAUAACUCCAUCCUGCAGAGCCAUGGGCAGACAUCCUACGUAGUGGUGAGGUUUAUCACUUCAUUUUCACAGAAUGAGGCUACCUUUUAACAGGAUGGGACGCUGUUGUUGCAUUUUUACUCGUCCUCUUUUCUUUCUAAUCCUCCUGGGAAUAGCAUGUUACAUGGUCACGGAGGUCUGUUUGAAGAUCAAUCAAUUUGAGCAUAUCAUAGUUUUGCAAGCAGAUGAAGCUCGCAACAAAACUAUUAGAGAUGUUGAAAACGCCACAAGCAUGCUUCAUCCGUUGAAUUCUUCUGCCUUGAAUCUAGCUACGGUGCUCAGUGCAAAACUAAAUGGAACGGCCUUAACAUUUCCUAUUAUCCAAGCAAAUAUUGCGCCAUCACUAUUUCAAGCACUUACAACAAUCCCGCGGGUAAAAGAGGUGGAAUUCAUGGGGUUGGACAGAUGGGAGUUCUCCUAUUACCGCAAUGAUGAGCAAACAUUUGCAUUUUUCUCGAACUCUUCAGCUCCUUCAACAUCUUAUACUCAGCCUGUGAACCGUGACACUGGAAAGCUGUUUGGUGAAGCAGUUGAGUCUAACUAUAAUAUUGCAUUUAACUCAACGAGAUUUUUAGACGGCCCACGAGGGAUACUACCAUAUCCUUCACUAGAGACGGGGAAGAAUCAGGAUCUCCUUUUCAAAAGCAAUGUUCCAAUGGUUGGAAUGGGGCUCAUUUCAAUAGGUUUUCCAGCAGAUGAAGUUAAAAAUCAGUUUUCUCAUCUAGAUUUUCAUGGCAGUCACUUGCACCUAGCUUCGAAUGAUGGCCAAGUACUUUUUGAGAAAGAGCUUGCUGAUACUCAAAUUUUUGUGUACAACGGAACAUAUUCACUGAAGUUGAAGAAACAAAAUGGUGCUUACGAAGAUGUAGUCAGUAAUGUUUCUUGCAAGUUGGAGGAUGAUGCUGAUCUAGAGCAUUUGGAUGUGAAGAUCAAUGAAAAGAAGCACAAAUUUUAUUGUUCAACUGUUGACAUUGCAGGAAUUGAUUCAGUAUAUGUACUGGCUUUUCCGGAAGAUGGAAAUGAAGCUGCUGCCCAUAAAAGCAGCAUGCUAGCUAUCAUGCUUCUUGUUCUUACGCUUGUGGGAUCAGUCGUCUCGCUUUGCCUCUUCAUUUUUUUGAUCCUGAAAGCUGCACGAAGAGAAAUAGUUUUCUGA